AUGCCCAAUGAAAGGAGAAGCUCGAGCAUGGGAGACAAUACUCCACCCACCUCACACACCACCUCCCCAACAUAUGGCCUCAAAACCCGCAGGACAGUACAAUCACCCAUCACCCAAGAAGCAAUAGAAGCCCUGCCAAAUAGAGUCAAGGAUGCGCCCAGCAGUAAAACCUUCCUAGAAUCAAAGCUACUCUGCCACAUUGGUCAACCUUAUACGAUCAAUCACUUAAUUUUGGCUCUUUUCCAGAUCACACAGAUGUCAAAUAUGACCCCAGUCCCAGUAACUGCUGCAAUUCGGGCAGUAGCCUUUGUCUUGAAAGAGCUCGACAUUGACAAUACGGCGGAAAUGAUUUCACAGCAAGUUCUGUGCUCACUUAACACCAAACUAAUGGAUACCAACCUCGCCAGUAUGAUAUCAAAGCAGGUCACCAAUGAUAUCAUGGCAAAACUAGUAGACCAUGUUGUUGCCGCCAUUUCCCUGCAGGUCACCUCAGUCCACAACAUCUCUCAGUCACUCACCUCCACACUGGAUGACACCAGAAAUCUUCACACAUCCAUAGGAAGAGAACGCACUGAGAAAGAAGACAACAUCAAGACCACUGCAGACCGUAUCGAAGAUGCUGCCGACGCUCUUUAUGAAUCGGUUGAAACAUACCAGAAAGCGCUUCACACACUAACUCCCUCUUUAGAUGCAACCCAAGAAAAGAUUGACCAACUCUCCACACAGAUCUCUAGGACCCCCACACCAACUCAAGGAACAGUACCUCCAUCUUACAGCUCAGUAGCAGCGACCUAUCUACCUCCGAAAUUGACCAAGCACUAG